CUGGCGAGAGCACGAGUCCCGAGCUCAGGCUAGCGCGGUCUGGCGCGAACUUUCCGACAACUUUCGUAACUCGAUACGUAACAGACAGAACGUUGAUUCAGCCUUAUAAAAAGUUAUUUCUAGUUAAUACUGAAACUGUUUUAGUUAGUAACAUGUUUGAGUGACAAGAUUUUUGAGAAAGCGACUUUUCAACUGCAGUUUCAAGUAAAAUGAGAACGAAGAAGACUAGAAGAGGGCACAAAAUAAGUCACCAUUCAUUAUAAGUUAUUUUUUACAAUGAAAAAGCUAAAGAAAGGGGUAUCUGUGAGCGCGAAAGUGUCAUAGACGAAUAUCCAAUGUCGGGGCGAGAGAGCGUGUCAUAGACAAUGCACAGCCUCCUCGGAGCGGCUAUAGCGUCGGCACUGUUGCAGAUAUUAUUCUCCUUCGCAGCCGUGAGUGGCGUCAGCUGGGAGGAAUGGUGGACCUACGACGGGAUUUCAGGUCCAGCCUUCUGGGGCCUGAUCAACCCGGAAUGGUCGCUGUGCAACAAAGGCCGGCGGCAGUCGCCAGUCAACUUGGAGCCCGACAAGCUGCUCUUCGAUCCCAACUUGCGAUUUUUACACAUAGAUAAACAUAGGAUAAAUGGAUUGAUAACGAACACGGGUCACUCUGUGAUCUUCACGGUGGAGAAUGAAACGCGGCACCACAUCAAUAUCACCGGGGGCCCGCUGUCCUAUAAGUACCAGUUCCACGAGAUCCACAUACAUUAUGGACUCCACGACCAGUUCGGAUCCGAACACGCCAUCAAUGGAUACUCCUUCCCUGCAGAGAUCCAAAUAUUCGGUUUCAAUUCGCAGCUAUAUUCAAACUUCUCCGAAGCUCUACACAAAGCUCAGGGUAUCGUGUCAAUAUCGCUACUAUUACAGCUCGGGGAUUUAUCGAAUCCUGAAUUGAGGAUAUUGACGGAGGAGUUAGAGAAUAUAAAAUACGGAGGAGCCGAGAUGCCGGUGAAUAAGCUGUCAGUCCGCGGCCUGCUGCCGGACACAGACUACUAUAUGACGUACGACGGCUCCACCACCGCGCCCGCCUGCUUCGAGACCGUCACGUGGGUCAUCGUCAACAAGCCCAUCUAUAUCACUAAGCAACAGCUCCACGGGCUGCGGCGACUCAUGCAGGGCGACGCGCGGCACCCCAAGGCUCCUCUCGGGAACAACUUCAGGCCGCCCCAGCCGCUCCACCACCGCGCCGUGCGGACCAACAUCGACUUCGACCUCAGCAAGUACCCCGGGAAGACUUGCCCGAGCAUGCACCGAGACAUGCAUUACAAAGCCAAAAGCUGGACACAAUAUUGAACUGCGAGCGGCGGCUCGCUGUCGGUAGGCAUUCGUGUACACUAAUUUUAUUAGUUUCAAUGUAGACAUAGUUUUAAAUGAAUAACAACCUGUAAGUCAAUUGUAUAUAACUUUUGUACAGUCCUAUUUAUAUCUUGCUUAACGGUACUAAAGUACUUUUAGACGAGUACAAAUGCGACCCGUUGCUGCUGUAACUUACCUAAAACUAUGAAAUUUAUGCUUAAAGUAGUUAUUGUGAUGGUUAAGUUUAAUGAAACAGUUAUAUUUGAUAUUAUAAAGGCCUAUGUCUAGGUAGGACAUACAUAUUUUCGGAUAGAUUGUACCAAAACAUCGGUCUCGCUGUCAAUAAUUUGUAAGUAAUGUAGAAAAAUAUACCUGUAGAAAUAGCUAAAAUCUACGAGUAAGUAAAUAUAAAUAUACAAUGUUUCUCGAGUAAGGUAUUUUGUAUCCUUAAAACAUAUAAUUAAAUGUUUCCAUAUUAAUACUACAAAUAUUAUUAUGUCAUUUAAUGUUAUA